CACAUAUGUAAGAUGGUUUUUUGCUAGUGAACAUCAGCAUAUGAUGAAGGAUUAUGAAGAAAUUCUCAAAGUUUUCAAGUUAACUGAAGAUGCCAAUGAGUUCAUUGUAAAAGUAGAAAGAAUGGUAGAGGAAAACAAUGUUAAUAAAGCAUACAAAUAUUGUUUUAGUUAG